AUGUCUGUCUGGAAUCCCGAUAACAUCCGCGACGUCGCCGAGUCCGUCGGUAUCCUCAACCUGAACCACGAUGUCACCGAGAAUCUAGCCCGUGACGUUGAAUACCGGGUUGCGCAGGUCCUUGAGGAAGCGCUCAAGUCGAUGCGCCACGGCAAGCGCACGGUUCUCACUACACAAGACAUUGCGCUGGCAUUGCGGAACCUGGAUGUCGAGCCACUCUAUGGUUACGACUCAACCCGGCCCUUGAAAUUCGGCGAGGCCUCCUUGGGACCCGGUCAACCGCUGUUCUACGUUGAAGAUGAAGAGGUGGACUUCGAGAAGUUAAUCAAUGCGCCUUUGCCCAAGGUUCCUCGCGAGGUUUCCUUCACCGCCCACUGGUUGGCAGUGGAAGGCGUGCAGCCAUCGAUCCCCCAGAACCCUACCGCUGCUGAUUCGCGCAACCUCGAACUGGUCUCCAAGGGCCCCAACGCCAACUCGACUUUGGCCGCUAUGAGUGGCUCGGGAGAUGUCGCUGUGAAGCCUCUGGUUAAGCACGUGCUCUCCCGUGAGCUUCAGCUCUACUUUGAGAAGGUCUGCAGCGCUUUCCUCGAUGAGACUAGUGAGGAUUACCGUACCUCCGGAUAUUCCAGUCUUCGGGAGGAUCCGGGCUUGCACCAGCUCGUUCCCUACUUUGUGCAAUUUGUCGCCGAGAAGGUCACCCACAGUCUCAAGAAUGUGUUUGUUCUUACUCAGGUGAUGCAUAUGGCAGAGGCGUUGGUCCAGAACAAAUCCCUAUAUGUCGAUCCCUAUAUUGCAUCGCUCGUUCCGUCCAUUCUCACCUGCCUCAUUGGCCGACAACUCGGCGGAAACUCCGAUUUCGAAGAACAAUUUGCCCUACGCGACAUGGCGUCCUCUCUACUCAGCCUCAUUGCCCAAAAAUACUCACACUCCUCCCACAUGCUCAAGCCUCGCCUUGUGCGCUCUUGCCUGAAGUCCUUCCUUGACCCAUCCAAGCCAUUCGGUGCCCACUACGGUGCGGUCAUCGGAAUGCAAUCCAUUGGAGGCUCCGAUGUCGUGCGCGUUCUGGUCGUGCCCAACUUGAACGAAUACUCCAAGCUCCUCAGCGAUGGUCUGGAUGAUUCUUCCCGUCGCCCAGCUGCUGAACGAGUCAUGAACGCACUCCUGGCCGUCCUGGCCUCCCUCCGUGGUAACAAGCAGGUUGUGACGAACGGACACACCGUGACUGAAGACUUGCGAUCGCAACUUUCCGAAAAGGUGGGCGAGCUCUUUGCCGCGAAGAUCGUGGAGGCCAACGAGGUACAACUGGCUCAUGCUCUUUUGGAUUCUUGA